GAGCGAGAGAGAGCUGUAGCCAAAGAACGGUGUUUCACUUUCUGAAGCGCAUGGAUUUUAACUGGAAAGCCUACUGAGAGAGGGAACGUCGUGCGCUCUAUUGAACAGACCCAAUAUGUGAAAUUUUAACAGAUCGAUCCAGUUGAUAAGGACAGCGAAUUUGUUUUGGGAUUGUGUUACUUUAAUAGCCUAUUAGGCUACUUUUACAAACGGCCAUACAACUUCCAGGAUUCGUUGAUAGUCUAUCUGAUUGAAAUGGUGCAAUGUUCCAAACAAUACUCCAACGCGUUGACUUUUGGUUGAUUUGGCUGACAGUUGUACUAUGUGGAGCUUCAGGUGCAGGAGCGCACAGUUGCCAUGAGGUUAAAACGGCUUUCCAAUUGCGCCAGAUCGGCCCGUUGAAAUGGGUCCCCGAGGAACCUGGAACAGAUGGCGAGCUGCAGAUCUGCAAGCACCCAGGCCCGUCGUGUUGCACACGCAAGAUGGAGGAGAGUUACCAGGCAGCAGUGCGCAGAGAGACUCUCCAGAACAUCCGUUCGUACAGCUUUGAGCUCAAGUACCUCAUCGUGGGCCACGCCUCUGCCUUCCAGGACACGUUCCAGUCUCUGCUAUCCUUCAAUCUGAACCUGACCACUGCUCUGUUUGACAGUGUGUAUGAGCCCCUCUCCCAGGACGCUCGCCCCCUGGUGGCAGACCUCUUCUCCGACCUCUCUGUCUUCCUGGGAGGAGACGGCAACAACUCCAUGGAGCGCUCUGUGCACCGCUUCUACGACAACCUCUUCCCGCUGGUGUACCGCCGUCUGGUCAACCCCGGGCUGGCCUCGUCCCCGGCCUCCUCUGAGCACAGCGAGUGUCUGCGUAUGACACGCCAGGAUGUCAACCCAUUUGGGUCCCACCCCCGUGCCCUGGCCGAGGGGCUGACCCGGGCUCUGAGCGCAGGACGGGCACUGAGCCGGGGGCUGGUGAUAGGGGCAGAGGUGCUGAAUGCCACAGAGUGGGCGGGGCUGGCCAGGGAGUGUGGGCGGGCUCUGGUGAGGAUGCAGUACUGCCCCCACUGCAGGGGCCUGACCCUGAUCCGGCCGUGUGGAGGACUGUGUCUGAACGUGAUGCGGGGCUGCCUGGUGGGGCUCUCGGAGCUGGACGGGCCCUGGAGGCGCUACGUGGCCCUGCUGCAGGAGCUGACAGGGGCCCUGGCUGGGGGCCACGACCUGGAGCUGGCUCUGCUGGGCAUCAGGAACCAUGUCAAUGACGCUAUCCUGCACGCACAGCUGCAUGGGCCACGCAUCAGCGCCAUUGUUGAUAAAGUAUGUGGGCCUCUCACAGACACUCCGUCAGUGACAAGCAUACGUUCCACGCUGGAGGUCAUGACCUCUGUGAGUACCUCCCCGACCUCGACGGCCACGAUGCCCUCCCCAGCUGAGGUCACACUGGAUCACUUGUCGCAUACCAUGAGGUCCUUACCUCUGAAACCAUCCAAGAAUAAUAAGCCUAGAAGUCUGAAAAAGAUAUCUAGAGAGUUUAUGGGCUAUAUCCAGCGCUACAGGUCCUUCUUCUCUGCCUUGCCAGAGAUGCUCUGUGAGAGUGAGAUGGUGGUGGAUGACUUCACCUGCUGGAACGGGGAGGACGUGGUGGAGAGUUAUGUGGGCCGUGUUGUGUGUAACGGCCUUCAGGCCCAGAAAAACAACCCAGAGAUCAAGGUCCGCAGUAUCGACCCCAUCCUGGUGGGAGCUAGAGACAGACUAGAACAGUUCAAACAGGAAAUGCAGGGUCAGAUGGGCUGGGCAACAGACUGGGGGGCGUGGGUGGAGACGGGCAGUGGGACGAGAGAAGAGGCCAGCGGAGAGUGUGACGAUGAGGAUGGAUGUCAAGGAUCUGGAGAUGAAGACUUUACCAAUGACGAUGAAAGAGUGGACAUGGCCAGCACUGAUGUUCCUCUUGGGAAGACCCCAGGAUUCAGGGAACCCCCACGGCACGUCCCCGCCAUCCGACCCCCACCACAGGUGGCUGUGAGAGCUGCGGGUCACACCCCAACACCCCACCCAUCUAUCACCAUCACCCUCAUCCUCCUGUCUGCCCUGGUGUUACCAUGGCACCCACUCUGAAACCCCCUCUGCUAACCACGCCCACUGAGCACUCAGGAGAGGUGGGGCGCAUUCACAAGAAGGAAAAGCAGGAAGGGGAGGAUGAGAAGGAGGACAAGAGGAGGAGCUCGCCAGCGAAUCUGUUGCUUUCCCUCAGCUGCUCCCUGUUAGUUGGUGGGAGCCGGGCUGCAUGGCUGUGUUUGUAAUAUGUAGGAUGUCUAAUAAAAUCUCUCUCUCUAUCUCUCUCACUUGCUGCCUUCUCCAAUGCUGCUUUCACCUCUGCUUUUUCCUCACUGCCUCCUCCUCUCUGGUUCUCUUUACUGCCUGGUCUGUUCACCAUCAGAUGUGGUCAGCUACACGUCCCACUGCUCUCUAGUAGGGACAACCAUGGUUCUGGUGGUUCUCCUGUGGUCCUUUAGGAACAGUUAAGUUCACAAACGGUGCUGAACUGAAGAAUGUAAUCAGGCCCUAAACAGACAUCAUCUCUCCUCGCCUCCCAAACUCAACCUCCAUGUUCUCUGGGGUCUCUCUGUUUGUUACUUAGUUUGCAUUUGAUUAUGCCUCCUGUUAAUAGUCACCGAGCAUACUGUACAUGUUUAUAUAGUCCCAUGUGGGACUUGUGAUUGUGUAUUCAUGUGUGUGUAUUUGUUACGUCUACAUGUACAGUGUUGGAAAAAAGUAUUUGCCCCCUUUCUG